UGCUGCCCGGGAAAGGCAACCCGGGCGCCCUAUUAGGGCGACGGUCCCUGCCCCUUGGGCCAGGAUCAUGAAAGGCCUCGGUGACAGCCGCCCCCGCCACCUCUCUGACAGCCUGGACUCACCACAUGAGCCCCUGUUUGCAGGGCCUGACCGCAACCCCUACUUGCUGUCACCCACGGAGGCCUUCGCCCGCGAAGCUCGCUUCCCUGGACAGAACACUCUACCAGGGGACGGCCUUUUCCCACUCAACAACCAGCUGCCACCACCCAGCAGUACCUUCCCCCGCAUCCACUACAAUUCCCACUUCGAGGUGCCAGAGGAGAGCCCCUUCCCCAGCCAUGCCCAGGCCACCAAGAUCAACCGGCUGCCUGCAAACCUCCUGGACCAGUUUGAGAAGCAGCUGCCCAUCCACCGAGAUGGCUUCAGCACGCUCCAGUUCCCCCGCGGUGAGCCUAAGGCCAGAGGCGAGAGCCCUGGCCGCAUCCGUCACCUGGUCCACUCAGUCCAGCGGCUCUUCUUUACCAAGGCGCCUUCACUGGAGGGCACGGCGGGCAAGGUCAGUGGCAAUGGCAGCAAGAAAGGUGUCCUGGAGGACGGCAAGGGCCGGAGGGCCAAGAGCAAGGAGCGGGCCAAAGUCGGGGAGCCCAAACGGCGCAGCCGCUCCAACAUCUCUGGCUGGUGGAGCUCGGAUGACAACUUGGAUGGUGAGGGUGGCCCCUUCCGCAGCAGUGGUCCUGCUUCUGGGCUGAUGACCCUCGGCCGCCAGGCAGAACGCAGCCAGCCGCGCUACUUCAUGCAUGCCUACAACACCAUCAGCGGGCACAUGCUCAAAACCACCAAGAACAACACAGCCGAGCUGACUGCCCCACCACCCCCACCCGCUCCCCCAGCCACCUGCCCCAGCCUUGGGGUGGGGACUGACACCAACUAUGUCAAGCGGGGCUCCUGGUCUACUCUGACCCUCAGCCAUGCCCAUGAAGUCUGCCAGAAGACCUCAGCCACCUUGGAUAAGAGCCUACUAAAGUCCAAAUCCUGCCACCAAGGUCUAGCCUACCAUUACCUGCAGGUGCCGGGUGGCGGCGAGUGGAGCACCGCGCUGCUGUCCCCACGCGAGGCGGACGCCACAGGCGAGGGUCCCAUCCCGUGCCGACGCAUGCGCAGCGGAAGCUAUAUCAAGGCCAUGGGCGACGAGGACAGUGACGAGUCCGGUGGCAGCCCCAAGCCCUCACCCAAGACGGCGGCACGGCGUCAGAGCUACCUGAGGGCCACGCAGCAGUCGCUGGGAGAGCAGAGCAACCCCCGCAGGAGUCUGGACCGCCUGGAUUCAGUGGACAUGCUUCUGCCAUCCAAGUGUCCAAGCUGGGAGGAGGACUACAACCCAAUCAGCGACAGCCUCAAUGACUCCAGCUGCAUCAGCCAGAUUUUUGGACAGGCCUCCCUGAUCCCCCAGUUGUUUGGCCAUGAGCAGCAGGUCCGGGAGGCAGAUCUGAGUGACCAGUAUGAUGCAGCCUGCGAGUCGGCCUGUAGCGAAGCUGAGUCGGCCGCGGCAGAGGCACUUGACUUGCAACUGCCCAGCUACUUCCGCUCCCGCAGCCACAGCUACCUGCGGGCCAUCCAGGCAGGCUGCUCUCAAGAGGAGGACAGUGUCUCCCUGCAGUCCCUCUCCCCACCGCCCAGCACCGGCAGUCUCAGCAACAGCCGCACGCUUCCAAGUUCAUCAUGCCUAGUGGCAUAUAAGAAGACCCCGCCACCAGUCCCUCCACGUACCACAUCAAAGCCGUUCAUCUCAGUCACAGUUCAGAGCAGCACUGAGUCCGCCCAGGACACCUACCUGGACAGCCAGGACCACAAGAGUGAGGUGACAAGCCAGUCAGGCCUGAGCAACUCAUCGGACAGCCUGGACAGCAGUACCCGACCACCCAGCGUGACGCGGGGUGGAGUUGCCCCAGGCCCUGAGGCCCCUGAGCCACCCCCAAAACAUGCAGCUUUGAAGAGUGACCAAGGAACACUGACCAGCUCCGAGUCCCACCCUGAGGCCAUCCCCAAAAGGAAACUGUCAUCAAUAGGAAUACAAGAGAGGACUAGAAGGAACGGUUCCCACCUCUCGGAGGACAACGGACCCAAAGCGAUCGAUGUGAUGGCACCCUCCUCAGAAAGCAGUGCCCCCUCCCACAGCAUGUCCUCCCGAAGGGACACCGACUCAGAUACCCAAGAUGCCAAUGAUUCGAGCUGUAAGUCGUCUGAGAGGAGCCUCCCGGACUGUACACCACACCCCAACUCCAUCAGCAUCGAUGCUGGCCCCCGACAGGCCCCCAAAAUUGCCCAGAUCAAGUGCAACCUCUCCUAUGGAGACAACAGCGACCCUGCCCUAGAGGCGUCCUCGUUGCCCCCACCAGACCCUUGGCUUGAGAUGACCUCCAGUUCCCCAGCAGAGCCAACACAGCCAGGGGCCUGCCGCCGAGAUGGCUACUGGUUCUUGAAGCUACUUCAGGCCGAGACAGAGCGGCUGGAAGGCUGGUGCUGCCAGAUGGACAAGGAGACCAAAGAGAACAACCUCUCUGAAGAAGUCUUAGGAAAAGUCCUCAGUGCUGUGGGCAGUGCUCAGUUACUGAUGUCCCAGAAGUUCCAGCAGUUCCGGGGCCUCUGUGAACAAAACUUGAACCCCGACGCCAAUCCACGUCCCACAGCCCAGGACCUGGCGGGGUUCUGGGACCUACUACAGCUGUCCAUUGAGGACAUCAGCAUGAAGUUUGAUGAACUCUAUCACCUCAAGGCCAACAGCUGGCAACUGGUGGAGACCCCCGAGAAGAGGAAGGAAGAGAAGAAACCACCCCCUCCGGUCCCAAAGAAGCCAGCCAAAUCCAAGCCAGCAGUGAGCCGAGACAAGGCUUCAGAUGUGGGGGACAAACAGCGCCAGGAGGCCCGCAAGAGACUCCUGGCUGCCAAGCGGGCAGCUUCUGUGCGGCAGAACUCGGCCACAGAGAGUGCAGACAGCAUCGAGAUAUAUGUCCCCGAGGCCCAGACACGACUCUGAGAACAUCAAGGAAAAAGGAAACAAUUUUUAAGUCAUUAAAAAACACAGAAAAACGAAAUGCAAAUGGAACAAAUUUUUCUCAACCUUGAUUUAGUAUGAUUAUUCUGUCUAUAGAGACCCUGAGCCAACUUGCAAAGUGAUGCAUACAAGGGCUCACAAUUUGGCUUUUUUGGGUCCCUCCCAGCUCUAGAUAAUGAAGACUCCACACACAUCCACCCACAAAUCAACAAGAAACAUAAACUCUUUUCCUCUCACUGGCCGUGGUGACUAGAUAGACGGACUCUGGCAACUCCCCGGCCCAGCCUCCAGACUGCGGUCUUUUUACUUGUUGUAUCUAAUGAGAACUUAAACUAGCUUGUUUACAAGAAGAUGACAGUCCAAGGGCAGCCUUGGGCACCUGCCAUGUCCUUCCUCUUCCCCUGCUCUGACCUUGGAAUUUUCAUUCUUCCGUUUCUCUCUUCCCUUCAGAACUCACACAGGGAUCACCAUUGUGAUGAGUGGCUUUCUGGUUCCUCAGUCCCUUUUGUGGCUGAGGGCCCAGAGGACAGACGGACGCCAAGUGCUCACACACUCUCACACACACUGACAGGUUCUUUCUCCUGGGCCAGCACCUGCCCACUGCCAUCCUCGGAGCCAAUGAGGAAGGUUUAAAACAAGUCUUUGGGAGAUAAAAGCCAGUUCUCACACUCCAGACUCCUGCCUUUUUCUUCUCUUCAGCCCUUUCCUUCAGCAAAUUGAUGAUCAGGGUGCACUUGAGAGAGGGACCCCAUUUUCCACGGGGUUAUCUGUCGUGGGCCAAGCCUGGGUCCAGUCCCCUGAGGGGCAGGGCAGCUGUGUCUGUAUGGACAUGUACAUAUAUGCACAUAGACCCUUAGAGUGUAUAUUUAACAAAUGCCCAUCUGCUCACCCACGCCCACCAGCACCACCGCUGUCUCGGGGCACCCGGCAGGAGGUGGGUGUGUGAAUAGCAUAUAUUUUUACAUGUACUAUAUUUAGGUGUGUGUACAAGUGUGUGUAAAAAUAUAUACCUUGUGUGUAAGCAGCCCUUUUUUUUUUUUUUUUAAUCUCCUACCCUGCCCCUCCCCCCAUGGGCACGUCUGCCCAGUCUGUUUUCUGUUAAUUUGUUUUUUUAAAGCCCCAGUUCUCCUCCUCUCCCCCUGCCCUCAUCCCCACUCCCAGGGUGUCAUGAGCCCUGAGCUGCAAUGGCCCGGGUCUGUAGGAAGGAAUGGGGAGGGGAAGGUAAGGGCAGACCGUGGGCACAGAGGCCACACAGGAGGGGCUGCUCUAUACUGUGUAUAUGACUAUGGCAUUGGAGACAUCCUCUUGUCUGGCGCUUGCUGCAGGGGCUCUGGGUGAACCAAGGGCCUGCUCUGGGGCCCCAUUCCAGCUUGGCCGCCGUCUGUGACCUUGGGCAAGUCACUUGACCUCUGUGUGCCUCAACUUCUUCCUCUGUAAAAUGGGGACAGUCCCUGCCCCUCCCUACCUCACAGGCAUGUUGUGAGAAUAAAUGAGGUAACGUGUACCAA